GGUGCUGAAAGAGGAGCAACUGCUUCUCCAGACAGCGAGGAGUGAAAUGUCCUGGAUUUAGGAAACUAACUGACUGGAGGAGGGACUUAACUUUGAGGAAUGGUGCAAUUUUCCUUUAGAGAGAAAGAGAGAGAGAGGGAAAAAAAUAAACUUGUUGGAUCGAUACAGCCAAAUCUAUUUUGCGGAGGCGGUAUCUGUGACUCUAAAUCUGAGUCUAUUUUUUCCUCAAACCAUGCCACGUUUGAGAUUACGCCUGUGAUGGGCUGAGCGAUCAUCAUCAUCAUCCUCCCCUCCUGUUUACGCACAGCCUGCGCUCAGGGUAGACUGGCCGAAAAAAAGUUGCCGAAGUUGUCUUUACUUGUUUGUCACAUUUCUGUAUAUUAGAUUUUCUUUUUCUUUUUAUUUGUGGCCUUGAAUCCUUCUGUUUGCCCGCCGACCCUCCCCACCCAGCAUGCUGGACUGACGUCUGAGGAAUGGCAUCGGCUGUGUUUGAAGGCACGUCGCUGGUCAACAUGUUUGUCCGGGACUGCUGGGUCAACGGGAUCCGGAGGCUCAUCAUCAGCCAGCGGGGAGAGGAAGAGGAGUUUUUCGAGAUAAGGACAGAGUGGUCUGACAGGAACAUUUUAUACUUGCAUCGGAGUUAUUCCGAUCUUGGGCGGCUGUUUAAAAGACUGGUAGAGUCCUUUCCUGAGGACAGAAGAGACCUCUCCAAGUGUCCACUGAUAGAAGGGCUGGUAAAAAUCAAAGAGGCAAAUGACAUCGAGGAGAAACUGAACGAGGUGGAAAGACUACUGAAGAAUGCGAUCAACAUGCCAUGCAAGUAUUCCAGGUCAGAGGUCAUGUUGACUUUCUUUGAGCGAUCGCCGCUGGAUCAGGUGCUGAGGAACGACAAAGUCCACAGAAUCCAGCCAUGCUUUCAGAGUCCAAUCAAGAUAUCAGAAAUCAUGCGGUCCAAUGGAUUCUGUCUUGCCAAUACGGAAACCAUCGUAUUUGAUCACAGCCUCCCCGAAGAAAAAGAGAGACCCUCGUCCACCGACUCUGUGGAACAUACAUAUGAGGAUGGAACAGAGUUUUUGCCAAUGGAAGCAGACGUCUGCGAUGAGGAAACAGAAGCGUAUGUCACCAACCUUUCCUACUACCACCUGGUCCCAUUUGAAACUGACAUCCUGGAAUGAGGAACCGAUGCCCACUGAUGGAUAUAUGAAGCUAUCAUUGAGGACUAUGUACUCUUAGACGGGAACGAAGCUAUGCAACGCUGCACAUAGCUGCUCCAAGUAAAUGCUGCUGCUGCUUACUCUUGACCUCCAUUUCAGUUUUUCUCACUUUAAGCGACGUCACCAGUGUGCCUCAUUACUUGAGCGUGUCAAGAAAAGAAACAUGACGGGAUCCUGACCGGCCUUCAGGUGUUCUAACGCAAUCUGUGGCAGCAUCAACGGAGGUCCGUCUGUCUGUAGGCAGAUGCAAACAGUUGGAGAGACUUCAGAACGUGCGGCUUGACCACUUCAAAAGAGUUUGAAUAGCAUCAAACAUAUCGAUGUCUGUGGUGUGGAGUGUGACUGCAACCAGAGCUGAGAGGACUGCACAUGAACCUACUUCUUUUCUAUCUCAGUUGUUUUAUCUUUUGCUUUUAUUCUCCAGUGGACCUCCAAGAUCGGCCUGUUUUUCCAGGAGAUAUAUGAUGCAUCUGCAAAGCCUGUUGUUUUUCUCCUUUAAAGUGCUCCCUGAAGUGUUACCCACAGCGUUACUGCACUGGUGUUUUAUUCCUGUGGGAACGCAGGAAGCUGUCACAAAAGCUUUGUGUAUGAUUGUUUAUGGUGCGAUUUCCACCAGCAUUUAGGAAGGUUUUUUUUUUUUUUUGGUUUUUGUUUGUAAAAAAACACCAGCUUGAAACUCAUUGAAUAAUUCCUGUUUUGUUGCUGUGACAUGCAGUCGGUUCUUUGGCGUGAGAGUACUCUGAGAUCCAAGUGAUGCUAGACCGCACGGGUUUUCUAAGCCUGUGAAGUUUUGCCACCAUUAAAGAUGAAAGAAUUAAAGUCAUGGGGGCAAAUUUAGUCCAGAAUCUUCCUGAUUUAAGUAAGAAUAAUUAAGCUUUUAAGCAGUUUCACUUGGUUCUUGGACGACUGUUAAAUUAAAGAACAUAAAAGAAAUAUGUGUCAUUAUCAUUUUACAACACUCUCCACCAAAGUGAGAACUUAAUGCUGCCUUUAUGGAUGUCGGUGAAAUUGAUUUUGUCUGUAUAAUAAUGUGUAUUAGUGAUGUAGCUUGUAAUGUAUAGCUUAUUUACUUUAUAAACAAAUAAUUUGAUGUAUGUAGAGCCGAGCAUUGAGUGUUGCCAUUAUGUUGAUCACUGAAUCAUCUCACCGCUCUUGUUGCCACGUGAUGGGGGGCAAAGAAAGCUUUGUUUUAGGGGUCAUUCGAGGUCAUAUCUGACCCGUUCCGUAAGAUGACGUGUGUGGGUUCAGUCAGACAGCUGACUGAAGUCUUAUUGAAUGUGGGAGUCUGCAGCUCAGCCUGCGAUGGAGGGAACAAGUCAUGUCUUUAUCUAAAAGAAGACAAAUGACCUUGCUGUACUAAAACUUCCUAUUGGGAAAGUUGUGUGAAAUUGGCAAACACUUAAUUAAAAUUCAUGCCUUUUGUAUGUUUUAUGGGUCCUCCCACCACGGGACGGUUGCUUUCACUUCUCCUAACGACCUCAUGUGAAACUGAGGAACUCAGCGGAGCAUUACGUACGUUUUGACUGCAGGCAAAAUGCAAAUGUAAAAAUGUAGAUUUGUUUAGAGUUAACUGUAAGGAAGUGCAUCUGUGUUCAUUGUUUUUUUUACAGUUUUGUUAAUGCAGAAGUCAUUGUUGCCUUACAAGGGGUUAGGUUAACAGCUUGAGUCCAGUUCUUUUCGGGGGCCCUCCAAAAAAAAAACAAAGGCAUUCAACCCUCACAAACUUGGCACACGAGGCUUCUACAAGACGGCCCUCCGCAUGAGUCUAUUUAGUAACACAGUCAUGAUCACCAUUCAUCCCUCGAGAAAGAGCAGCUCUUUCUCAGGGUGCAAAACUAUUUCUGCAAGAAUGACAGCUCACAUUGAUGGAUAUUCUGUGUACAUAAAAGUCUCUGUUGGGUAGA